AUGGCGCAGUCUAUGCAGAAGCCCAUCAAACAGCAGCCUCGCAACGCUGGAAGGGGAGCAUCCCAGCAACAGCACGGAUACAGUCGCCCCGGCCAUCGUAUCGAUUCUCCUAACGCCAUAAGCGAUGCGGAGACCAUAGAAUACAUCAAGCGCGUUCUGUGCGCAAAGCAGCAGGACGGCGAGGCUGCAGCUGGGGAUCGCACCCAAGACCACCACUCCGAGCCGCUGGAAGAACUUCUGCCUCCUUUGACGAGCUCCAAUGCCAUUGAUAUCCAAUUGUACGCUUUCAUUGCUGUGAUCCUCAGCAACUUCGUGCAGACAUGGUAUAACCGCAUUACGCCGGAUCAGCACUUUGUGGCCGAGAUCGUCCAGAUCAUUGCACACUGCACUCGAGGCUUGGAGCAACGACUCAGGAAGGUAGAUCUCGAGGCACUGCUGCUGGAUGAGUUACCAGACCUUCUGACAGAGCACGUGAAUGGUACCUGUCAUAAGCUUUGCACAGACAAAGCUGUAGCGAGACUAAUGGUAUACAGUUGUCAGAGCGACGAAAACUUCUCGGCAGGGGCAAGUAACCCUUGGACAGCAACGCAUUCGCUUCCAUACCAUGCUCCCACAUGUCGCCCUCGAACCCGUUCCGUUAGAUCCGGAGAUGACAUUCGAACAGCAGGAAAAUGAAGUCGCUUGGUGCUUGAUGCUCGUCAAUCGAAUUCUUCCCUUACUGCUUCCGCCUGAAGAUCUCGCAAACCCAUGCCUGGACGUUCUUGUGCCGGAAAUAUUCUCCGAAAUCAUUGUGCGAAAUGCUCUUUGCGGCAAAGCGACCGAACCAUGGUUACUAUGGGACGGAUUGGCAAAGUUACUUCGUUCAGUACGAUCUGGAAGCCGAAGUCCUACCCCGAAUGCUCUACCGACGCCGCGCUUGGAGCAAUAUGGCCUGUUAAACGCUGUUCCACCGUCAGCCGACCAGACCCGUCAAAGCCGAUCUCGGCGUCCCUUCGAGGGCGCAUUGCGAUUGCUUCUAACCGUUGCUCAGUACGCAAUGACGGCAGGGUCAGUUCUACGCGCCUGCACCGUUGCUCUAAUGCAGGCUUCCUCGAUCCCAGCACGAAGGAAGAUGACCUCCUAUGGUCCCAACUCUCCUCGCGGACGGCUGGUAUCCUCCAGUCACGGAAAAGCGCGUCCGUCUCCGCCUGCAACCUCUGAGAAUGACAUGGAAAGGCAGCCGAUCAUAAGCAUGCACAUCUGGGAAUGCAUAGGUCAGCUACUGUCUCUCAACCGACGCAUGCCCUGGUUAUCAGGCGUCCUGUCACUCUUGCAGUGGAUAUCGUUAUGCGGUCCCGGUCAGAUUGGCAGUAUUAACAGCAGAUUGGACAGGUGAGUGACAGUCUCUUCUUCACUCCACCACACCACCCACGAUAACGCGCUUGAUAUUGGCGAGCUGGCCGAUUUGUCGCGAGGCGUCGGUGCGAUGCGAGAUAUUGCAUUUCUGGAAUUCUGCUCGCCCAUUCGUGGAAGCGACGAAGCCACAUCGGGAAGCUGCAUUGGAUGUCGGUCAUCUGAUUCCAGCGUCGGCCAAUACCGUGCCGGAACGCUCCUUGAGCUCGUAAACCUGUCUCACUGGCCUCCUCACAUCCACGACGCUCGGCGCGCUUACGACUACCCUCCUACACCAUUCGCUCCGUUCUUGCAUAGCAUCCAGCAAUCCACUAAAUUUCGCAACGUGAGCUUUCGAUGAUCAACAAUGAUGCUGUCGCUAAGCUCGGGACCGAGGACUUUGCCCCCAGCCCAGCGUCGCUCAUUGGGCAUCAUUGCAUCGCUUGCCCACCCGGGCAAAUCUCGAGACACUCGCCAAGUCGACGGCAAUACGACCUUCAUCUCUCGUCGUCGAGACCACUGCGGAUGUACCCUGAGGGUUCGGGCCUUGACGGCUGCAUGCCACGCUGCACAUCGUCUCUGCGAGCCGUGCGGCUGCGUUCACGGCCCAAACCUUAACGCCAGCACAUGCGGUAACAGCUUGAUCAGGAUCCCACGACCGGAGUUUUGAAGAGUCUCGAUUGCCGAAGUUUGGCGGUGUCCACCACUCAUACCGCAAUUCAGCUCUUCUCGGCUCUCAUUCGUCAACUCGCGUCAAGCGAAGCCGGGAAGUGCCAACAGGGCGAGCCGAUCCUUGUUCCGCUCGCGUUUCCCCAUUCCCUCCCACCAAAGCACCCCCGGUUCCUUGCGAAGGGCUUUCUGGUCCCGAAUAUGCGUGCGCAAUCAGGCUGUUUUGCCCAACACAGACACUGCCUUUGUGAGAGAGGAGCUCAUGACGCGUCUACGGUACCAUUGAUUGAUUGAUGAAUAGCGGGGACUGACAGUUGGAUCCUUUGUCUGCAGGUUGAUAUCGCUCCACCUCCACACGUCGCUUCUGAAUGCGAAUUGGUUGCCAACCGUACUGCAAGCCGCUCGAAGCGCCAUCUUCCCCGACAACGCCCUGGCACCGGCACGCACACCGCCAUCGAAAGACGAAGUCGUCGAGAUCAAGCGCGAGUGUGCCAAUACCAUCCUCGACGCAAUUCCCGAGAGCAUACGGAUCCGCUUCUUCGCUACGAAGGAUAGAGACUUGAUGAGAGAGGACGUGGAAGCGGAAUUGGACUUGCUGGGCGACUCGUACCUCAACAAGCAUUUGAUCAUAGCUAUCGUCGAACUGGUGGUGGUCCGUCUCUUUCCCGAGCUCGCGGCGGAAGACUCGGCCAACCGAAGGGAGCGGUAG